UCAGAGUACAGCUACGAUAUUUGCUUCAGCAUUGUAAUCAGCAAUGCCGCUGGCCUCAUCAAUUCUGUUCAACACCUCCGCCUGUGUUCUUGGCGGAUCCUCGGGAUACAUUUCAUCAUUUUCUACGAAGAGUUUGAGCUUCUGCACAUGUAUCACGCGGUGCUUUCCGGAUACCACCAGAAGGUCGACCUCAAAUGCGUUCCAUCCUUUGUCCAUAACAAGCUUAUGAGGACCAAAAUAAACUGGGCGUACCUUCAGGUACACCUCAGCUGUAGAUUAUGCUUCCCAAUGUAUAAGAACUCAAUUAUCUUGUUUUGAUGGGAAUUGCGAUACCGGUUAUUUACCUUCUCUUGAGCUUGCC